AGAACUUCGCAAGAGGCUAAGCGUUGAUUUGGGCAGACAGACAGAUACACGUCCGUGAUGUAAAUAAACUAGCUGUGCAUACCCUUCACAUUUAGACACAAGAGUUAACAUUUAUCGUAGACUGUAGAACAUCUGUUCCUGUUCAAGUCAAGACAAUGGCUCACCAAUGAUAACUGGUUGAAUGUUUGCCGCAAAAUAGGUACAGCAUAGCAGAAGAAAACAGCACAGGAGGAAAAGAUAGGAGGUCAUAGCACACACACACACAGGAAACCGGCACGCAGCAAGCAAUUUUAACGAAACACCCUUCUAAAGGUAGCCUGACAUUCGCCUGGGAAGGUCCGGUCUGGCGGAGUACGAGUUCCAGUAGUUGGAAAUAUUAAGCAUGCCUGUCUUCUACCGCUUUCUUAUGUGCAUUCUGCUGUUUUGGAAACCAGCAUGUUCUAACCUUCCCCCAUUCGAUCCUGCACAAGAGCAAGUUUCAAAUCCACCAGAAGUCAACACAGCUCAAAAAACCUCCCCACCACCAACAAGACCACCCCAGUCGGCGGGAUCAGGAGUUGAUUUCGAUUUCAAAGGAUUUUUUGACCACUUCACUAAAGUUUAUGGAAAUGAAUCACUCAGCAUCUUGCAGUAUCACCUCAACGACAGGAUUAAUGCUGAUGGACUCACUCCUGCGUCUAAUACGCUUUCUGGUCCCCCUGUACCAUGUGGAGAGGCACCAUCUUUACCGGGUUCCUCCAUAACAUACAAAAACCCAUUACGUUCUCAUGGAUCCAUGGCUUCUUACACCUGCAAUACAGGCUACACUGGUAACAGUGAGGCCAUUGUCUGUCAGUCCGGCAAGUGGACAGAUCCUGUCAAUCCUGUCAUCUGCACCAUAGUCACCUGUCCGGUUACUCCGCCGCACAUACCCAACUCAAAUUAUCAUAUGACAACAUCGAUUUAUGGAUCACAGGUGACUUAUACUUGUAAGUCCGGCUUUCAGGCAGUGGGGAUUGCCAGUCCUGCAUCUUGUCAACAGAACGGCCAGUGGACACAACCAAAUUUCAAGUGUGCAAACAUGAUGGAAAUGAUGGCUCACAACAAUGCUUACCAGUCCCUAUCGAGUGCAGGCGGCAGUAUGGCAUCCAUGUUAGGCAAUAGUGCGAUGAGUGGCAUGGGAGCACCAACUGGAGUAAACACAGGACUGGAAGCCAUGCUGGUUAGUGCUAUGCAAGGUGCAACAAGACCAGGGUCUUUAUCCAGCGGUCAAUUGCCAUCGUACCUGCAGGGAGCUGUAUCAAGCAUGGCUCUAGGUAUGGGCGGAAGUGUCGCAGGAAUGGCGGGAAUGCCAGGGUCGGAACCAGCUUCUCUUCCACCACAUCUUCAAAGUGCUGCGAGCAUGGGCUUGAUGGAUCCAAACAUCAUGAGAACCUUGAUGCCAGGAAUGAAUUUCGGGGCACCAGGAACCGGGGCUGUAGCUGGCAGAGCAAUGGAGCCUGAGGUGGCCAUGGAAAUGCUCAUGAUGUCACAAAUGAUGCAGAACAUGCAAAGACAGCGGCAAGCACAGCAAAGCCAAAAAAAGCAACAACGAAUACGCCAACAGACAUCUGGCUCAUCAGCACAGUCACCUAAUUUGAUGGCCACGAAGAGUGCUGUCUCUGCAUCUCAUGCAUCUUUGUCGGGAAGAGAUCUUCAAGGUUCAACAGGGCCGUCUUCAGGAUCGUCGGGUUCUCAGUUAAAGACCUCUGGCAGUGCUGGGUCACCCAUGAGUGGAAACAAUAAUCCUCUGAUGGACGCGAUUAUGAAUGCAGCUGGUUUACCAGGCUGAAAAAGCGCUCGCUGAUGAAAACAAUGCUCCAUUUAUACUUCGUGGAAACGCUUCGUACUUUAACAUUAGAAAUCUUGAACAUAUCCUGUCAUAUUUCAGUUCUUUUGCCAAAUUGUUUUUUGUCGCACAUAUGAUAGUCAAAGCAUUUUGUAACCUAAAUUACGGCCCAGAUAAAGCAUUCGUCUUUUUCCUCAGCGCUGACUAGUGAACAUUUAAAAUAAACAUCUAAGCAAAUAU